UGUCACUGGGUUCUGCUCAAGUUGCUGAACUGCUUCUUCCUCAACCUGCAGCUCCACCAAGGGCAGGUGGAGAUGGUGCUGAAGGCCACCAAGAUGGCUGAUGUCCCACUGGUUUUCCUCUCCACUCACAAAUCCCAACUGGAUGGGCUGCUCCUGUCCUUCCUCCUCUUCUCCCAAGGGUUGGGGGUACCCAGGGUGAUGGUGGGCAACCAGCUCUGCAGCCCUCGCCUCCGAGCCCUGCUCAGCCACCUGGGAGGGAUUUUCCUGCCUUUGAGGAUGGAGCAGAGACCGAGUGAGCAGGAUGAAGAGCUCCUGAGGGCUGUCCUGGCCACGCUCCCACACUUGCCACCAGCACCCCCUGACCUCAUCCCAUCUCCCCCCCAGUACAUCGAGGAGCUGCUGAGGAGCCACCAGCCACUGCUGAUCUUCCUGGAGGAGCCCCCCAUCCCCAUGUGUCUCUCUGCCUCUGCCCGGGAGUGGCUGACCCUGGUCUCCCGAGCGGUGCAGGAUGGCUCCGUCCGACGUCCUCCUGGUCCCAUCCCCGACGUCCUCCUGGUCCCCGUCGGCGUCGCCUACGACGUGUUCCCCGGUGGUUUGCACCAGCAAGGAGUGUGUGACACUCAGCCCCUCAGCCUUGGCUCCUGCCUGUGGGCAGCGUGCCGAGCCCUGCGCCAGAACUUCGGCUGCGCCCGGGUGGACUUUGGCCAACCCUUCUCCUUCCAGGAAUUUGCAGCCAAAAACUUCAUCAGGAAAAGCUGCUCAGAGGAGCCACCAGAGGAGCUGAUGCUGCUGCCCACCAUCCUCGGCACGUGGUAUGCAGGAGCUGAGCCUCAGGCCAGUAAAAAGGGAGAAAUUUGGAGUCCUGGCACCACAACAACCACCAACGUCGAGGCUGAAGAGGAAAUGUUGGUGACCAAGCUGGGCCUGCACUGCCUGAGCGACGGCGUUGCCUGCUCUGCCAUCACGGCUGUGGGGAUCACAUCUGCGCUGCUGCUGCACAAGCACUGGGAGGGUGUCUUCUUCUCCCGGCUGAUGUUGGAUUUCUCCUGGCUGCUGGAGGAGAUCCUGCUACGCCGGCACGAUGUCUGUUUCUCGGGGCAGCUCCGUGUCUUGGUGCAGCAUAGUGUCACCUUGCUCAAAAGCCACCUCACCUUCUACAGUGUCACCAACAUUGGUGACAUCCUGGUGGUCCCCAAGGACUCAGCAGAGGCUCUGAGGGAGCUGAACCACUACAGCGCUGCCAUCCUGCCUGUCUUCGCCAGCGAGGCGGUGGGAGCUUGUGCCAUCCAUGCUUUGCUGGUGGAGGUGCUGCCCUUCCUGAGAGAGUCCGUCAGACCCUCUGACAUCGUGCUCAGCCAGGACGAGCUGCACCGCAAAAUCCUGGAGCUGCUCCGUCUGCUGCCCCCAAAUCUCCUGGGCUUCCAGCCCUGCCAGCCCCUCGACUGCCGGAGCCAGGACAUCAUGGACAAGCUCCUCCAGUGUGGGCUGCUGGAGUAUGAAGAGCUGGAGAGCGAGCGCUUGGUCUGCGACGUGGCCCCGCAGCCCUUCUGCAGGAAACACUGCUGGGACUUCGUGGAGAGUGACAGUGACAGCGAGGACAAGGUCCCCAAACGCUACUUCAAGCUCAGCCAGCCCCAGGGCUCACCCGGCUUCCUCCUCUUCCUGUGCCGGCUCCUGAGGCCCGUGAUGAAGACCUACACCCAAGCUGUGGCUUUCCUGGUCCGACCCACCUGGCCCCAACCUG